GCUCUUUUUGGAAGAUUCUAAUUUAGCCUAUAACAAACUGGAUGAGUCGACCACUGCCGCUGACAUUGGGCUAGACCCCUCACUAAGAUGUCUAUCCAUAGAUAGACCAUAGACAUAAUUGUCUCACCUGCUAUGAGUCAUAGCCUGUCGCGAGAGAGAAUCAUCGGACAGCACGGUUUUUUUGUAGCUUACUGAGUACUGAGACCAGUUGAAUUGCUACGGGUUGGAAGCAGUCAGAGAAACCUACAUGAGAAUAUAGACUGAAUAAUACUUGGCUAAAUGUGAAAUCGAGGCGUUUUUACCCAAAGACAGAAAAGUGCAAAUGGAAAACUAUACUGGAAAUGAAACGCAAGUUCUGUCGGAAUCUUACGCCACAGAAGCCGAGACCGGCGGGAAUGGUGUGCGGACGCUAAUUGGAUGCAUUUUGUUUGUCCUCAUUGUGUUGACACUGCUGGGGAACACGCUCGUGUGCGCCGCAGUCGUUAAAUUCAGGCACCUCCGGUCCAAGGUAACCAACUUCUUCGUGAUUUCUCUGGCGGUGUCUGACCUCUUCGUUGCUGUCCUCGUGAUGCCAUGGGAGGCAAUAUCUGAGGUGACUGGCACCUGGCUGUUUGGUAGAUUUUGUGGCAUAUGGAUAGCUUUUGACAUAAUGUGCUCGACGGCAUCAAUUCUUAAUCUGUGUAUCAUAAGCGUGGACAGAUACUGGGCUAUAGCAAGUCCUUUUAGAUAUGAACGGAAAAUGACCCACAGAGUUGCAUUUAUCAUGAUUGGAGUGGCGUGGACGCUGUCAAUUCUCAUAUCCUUCAUACCUGUCCAACUGAACUGGCACGUGGCCGAGGAGGAGACAUCAGCGGGAAACGUUAGCAACCACUCUGAGAACUGCAUCGCAAACUUGAACAAGACCUAUGCUAUUUUCACAUCACUGAUCAGUUUCUACAUCCCAGUUGUCAUCAUGGUUGCCACCUACACGAGGAUUUUCCGUAUUGCGCAAACACAGAUACGGAGGAUAUCCUCAUUGGAGAGAGCUGUGGAACAAGCGCAAAAUAACCAACACCCAAACGUUUGCGCACACGAAAACGCAUUGAAAACUGCUUUUAAAAAGGAAACAAAAGUCUUAAAGACCCUCUCCAUUAUCAUGGGAGUUUUUGUUUUUUGCUGGCUGCCUUUUUUUGUCCUAAACUGCAUGGUACCUUUCUAUGACCCUCCGUGUGUAAGCGACACCACGUUUACAAUUUUCGUUUGGUUUGGUUGGGCCAACUCUUCGUUAAACCCUGUCAUUUACGCAUUUAACGCGGAUUUCAGAAAAGCCUUUACAACUAUUCUAGGCUGCAAUAAAAUGUGUUCAAGCAAUACAUUGGAGGCUGUUAAUUUCAGCAAUGAAUUGGUGUCCUAUCACCACGACACAACGCUCCAAAAAGACGCACAAGUCUUAAUGGCUACACACCAUCCAAACGCAAUCCCCAACUUGGGAGAGGACACAACCCCACUGUUCGACAAAGCUUCUCUUAUCUCAAUCGCAUCCCGCAAUCACAAGAACAUGUUUCUGCCAGCCAAUGUCCAAUUCCAGUGUGAUGGGGAAAUGUGAUUUUCUUCAGCUGGAGCCAUGGAGUGCGAUGCAAUCCUUGGUCAAAUCCACGAUUAGAAUCUUGCACAAUUGUAGGCUAUGAUUUAUUCAUGAAGUAUUGGUUUAUUUGUAUUUAUUUAAGUUAUAUUUUAUUGUGAAAUCAUUCACUUAUUUUGUCGUGCAUAAUGCCGUGCGUAAUGUUAUAAUUUCUUUAUUACCUCACUGAUCAUGUUCAAUACAUUUAUUUUUAUUUAUUUAUUUUAUUUUACCGUUAUUUUACCAGGUAAGUUGACUGAGAACACGUUCUCAUUUGCAGCAACGACCUGGGGAAUAGUUACAGGGGAGAGGAGGGGGAUGAAUGAGCCAAUUGUAAACUGGGGAUUAUUAGGUGACCAUGAUGGUUUGAGGGCCAGAUUGGGAAUUUAGCCAGGACACCGGGGUUAACACCCCUACUCUUACGAUAAGUGCCAUGGGAUCUUUAAUGACCUCAGAGAGUCAGGACACCCGUUUAACGUCCCAUCCGAAAGACGGCACCCUACACAGGGCAGUGUCCCCAAUCACUGCCCUGGGGCAUUGGGAUAUUAUUUUUAGACCAGAGGAAAGAGUGCCUCCUACUGGCCCUCCAACACCACUUCCAGCAGCAUCUGGUCUCCCAUCCAGAGACUGACCAGGACCAACCCUGCUUAGCUUCAGAAGCAAGCCAACAGUGGUAUGCAGGGUGGUAUGCUGCUGGCUAUACAGUGAUUAUUUUAAAUAGUAGGCAUGUGUCUUGAUAAAUGGAAGGAAAUCACAUAGAAUUGUUAGCCUAGUUUUAGUCUUGCUACUAUACACACUUCAAAUAAUUGAGGCUAGUUAAAUAAAGGUUAAAUUUAAAAAAUAUAUAAAUACAAAGACACAAUUGAACGAAUAAGCUAUGUUAUGUGUAUUGCAUAAUGAGAGGAUAUCAUUACAUUUUGCUAGUGUUUUUUUUCUCAUGCCAAAAUACUUGUUCUAAUUCAAUGAUGGUGGUGGUAGUGUUUCUGUAGCAAAGUAGCUCUCAAACACAAUGGGACUAAUCUAUUUAAAAUCAAAUCACAUUUUAUUUUUCACAUUUAUUAGCAUUAAUGGUAAAAUAAUACUUAAUUAAAAGGUAAUUAUUAUGGUAUAAGUUGAUAUGUUUAAUCAGAUACAGUAUAUAAUAAUGGAACCAUAACUUGACAUUGUUUUGUGAAAAUAGCUGUGGAAAUCUUUUGCCACCUCUUACUCAAGUUAAGUCAUAAUUUAUUUAAAGUGCAUUUCACAAUGUCUCAACACACUUUACAAAGAACAUUUAAAUAAAAAAAUAUAUAAAAUAUACUCAACCAUUUGUGAAUGAAUAUAGCUAGAAAAAUAUGUAGACCUGAUUAUGUUCUUGCCAAAGCUUCACUAUAAUCGUUUGCAACUGUCUUCUGCAUAGUCCCUGACAACACCAUGUAACCCAUGGUAACAGAACCACAUCUUCCCCUCUGAUAAUUGCAUCUAUUUUUAUUUUAGGAUGAUUAUAUUCUCCAAUGCUGCUCUGCGGUGUUGGCAGAUAUAAAAUAGUAAAAUGAGCCCUGGCCCAAAAUCCCAAGGCCCCAAAUGUUUUCAAAAUCAGCUUUAGAACAUAAUUAAAUAUUCAACAUCUAAAAUAUCUCCCAUCAAAGCCAUUUCGCCCCAUGAAUCAAAUUUGAAUAAAUGGGAAGGGUGUCUAAGAUUUAGGGCUGUAUAUUAUAGGCAUUAUGUUAUAGGGCUCCCGAGUGCCGCAGCGGUCUAAGGCACUGCAUCUCAGUGCAAGAGGUGUCACUACAGUCCCUGUUUCAAUUCCAGGCUGUAUCACGUCCGGCCAUAAUUGGGAGUCCCAAAGGGCAGGGCACAAUUGGCCCAGCAUCGUCUGGGUUUGGCCGGGGUAGGCUGUCAUUGUAAAUAAGAAUUUGUUCUUAACUGACUUUCCAGGUUAAAUACAAAAUAUAGUCUACUAUUCCAAAAUGAAUACAUUUCCCUUCACAUCUGUUAAAAAAAUUACUGUCAGAGUCACCAAAUUACACCAGUGCUGUAAAAUUGGCCACACAGUUACUCAUUCUAUGCACCCUUAGUUUGUCCCUUUAGUUAGAAUUCCCAACAGCACCUCAGUCAAUCACCUGUAUGUUUCUUACCAAUAAGAGACAUUCUCUAUCACUUGCUUGUUGUAAGUCCCGCCUCCAGGUAGUGAUUUGCGGGGAUAAAGUUUGGGUGUUUGUAUAGAAUUUUGUAAAAUACGUAUGUGCACUGUCAUUGCUAGCUAAGUAGCCAGUUAGCCAGGCUCACUGGUUACCUUUUCACUGUGUCAUGAACACAGUGCUUUUUAGUUACAUUAUGCUUAUACGUACAAUAGUAAUAGCUUUGUUAUAGUAGUUACAUUCUAUGCAGAGUUUGUUGUACUGUACAGCCUGCUCUCUAUUGCAGCAGCUUAUUAGCCAAGUGUAGCAUGUUGAGUCGGUUUGGUGAGCCUCUUACUCUGUCCACCAUUACUUGGUUUAGUGACAGUUUUCGCACCAUGCGGUGGUCAUGUGUACUCUCGGGCCACAUUAUACUUUACAGUCAGAGCAUAUUGGAUCUGUAUUAUGUAGCAGUAAAGACUGCAGCUUUUUCCUGCUAUUGUCAUUCAUAUUCAUGUGCUGCAUUAUCAUUCAGUAAAGUCAAGGUGUAUCUGUAUAUAGCUUUACCCCUUUUACGUAUUAUUGUGUACUAUAAUAUGUCCUUUUAUUUUCCACCCUUUUAGAACCACUAUCUACAGUACAUUGAUGUCCAUGUGUGUGUGGGGGGGGAUCCUUCCUGUCAAUUAAACCCCCUUACCUGGACAUUCUGACUAUUCAUUGUUCUGGACAGACAUUUUGUAGUGGUUAUUACUGGCCUAAUAUCAACACCUAAGUUUUCCCCUAUUUGAAUGGUCCUUUUGGAUCUACAACCAAGCCAUAUUUUUCAAGUGCCCCUUUCAUCUUCAAUGGACAAAGGGUUGAAAAACAGAGUAGCAGUCUCUGGACACUGAGAGAUGUGACCUGGUGAACCGCAUGGCAGGUGUGUGGAGUGUAGUGUACACACAGGUGUGUUUCAUACACAAGCCAGCUGCUGUAAUGUCAUGCUGUCAUCUCGUGUUAUUAGUGAUGAUAUUUCAGCAUAUUGAUAUGGCAUUAUCCUCAUCACCUACCCUUCAUUUAGUUUUCCAAAUGGCUGCAGAUAUUUAAAGAGACAUUUCAAAGACCGUAAUUAUUUUUUACAAUUUUGCAGUUUAACAUUUGAGCUUGGACUCAUACAUGCAGUGACUUGAUCAAAAUAUAGAAUUUUAAAUGAUACAUUUUUUUUGUUUGAAAUACUAUUGAAGAAUGUGGGAAAUGAACUUUUAGGCAAAAGAGAACCAGCUUCUGAUAAAUGCCUGCAUAAAAGGAAAUGAGUUAUAUUGAAAAUACAUAGGUCAAACAAGUAUACUUGAGCAUACACUGUAUACCCACACGCAUGAGCACAAAUAAACGUGUACGCACACACACACACACACCCACACAGUGCGUUCAGAAAAUAUUCAUACCACUUGACAUAUUCCAUAUUUUUUCCCCACCCAUCUACACACAGUGCCACACAAUGACAAAGUGAAAACGUGCUUUUAAAAAUGUUAGAACAUUUAUUGAAUAUGAAGUACAGAAAUAUCUCAGUAACAUAAGUAUUCACACCCUUUUGCUAUGCCACUCCAAAUUCAUCCUUAAGAUGUCACUACAACUUGAUUGGAGUCCACCUGUGGCCGAUUACAUAUUUUGGACAUGAUUUAUAAAGAAACACAACUGUCUAUAUAUGGUCCCACAAUUGACAGUGCAUGUCAGAGCAGAAACUGUACGUAGAUCUCUGAGAUAGAAUUGUGAUGAGGCAUAUAUCUAGGGAAGGGUAAAAAAACAGUUUGUAGAGUGUUUAACGUUUCCAAGAGCACAGCGGUCUCAUCAUUGGGAAAUUGAAAAAAUAUGGAACCACCCAGACUUUGCCUAGAGCUGACCGUCCGACUAAACUGAGCAGCCCGGCAAGAAGCACUUUGAACAGGGAUUAGACCAAGAACCAACUAACCACUAUGACAAAACCGCAGAGUUCCUUGGCUGAGAUGGGAGAACCUGCCAGAAGAACUACAGAACUUCAGCAAUCUGAGCUUUAUGGGAGAGUGGAAGCCACCCCUGAGAAAAAGGGACUUGACAGCAUGCCUGAAGUUUCCAAAAAGGCACGUGAAAGACUUUAAUAGCAUAGGGCAAAAGAUUCUGUGGUCUGAUGAGACAAACAUUUUACUAUUUGGCCUGAAUGCAAAGCGCUAUGUCUGGAGAAAACCCGGUACAGCUCAUCACCUGUCUAACAUCAUCCCUACCAUGAAGCGUGUUGGUGGUAGUGUCAUGCUAUGGGUAUGCUUUUCAGUGUCAGGAAAUGGUAAAGAUAGAGGGAACAAUAAUUGGAGCCGAAUAUAGGCAAAUCCUUGAUAAGAACUUGUUUCAGAGUGCAAACUAUCUUAUAGACUGAACGUUAUUUAUAAUAAGGGUUACAUGGAAAAAAUCAGACCUCUCUGAAAUGAAAAUGGAUGGUCCUCCAUUAAGAAAAUUAUAUUUUACCUAAACCCUCCCUGAACACUUGAAAAAACAAGUGUACCCAACAUAAUAAUUCAAAACAAAGGGAAUUUCAGAAAACAUGUCUGCUGUUUACCCUCACUUCUUGGACAGACCAGAGCCUUCAGAUAUGCAGUUUUAUAAACUGUUCUUUGUUCUGUAAGCAUUAUAUGUAAACGCAGGUAUUUUGAUAGCGCACAGUACUGUGGGCCAGAAGGUUGUGGGUUCGCAGACCACUGUAGACAAGAGUAAGGGUGAAAAAAUCUCCUUUAUAGUAGAAGCAUUGCAUGAAUCUAUCAUAGUAUUUGCAGGUCCGAGAAUGAAUAAAACAUUUAUGCAAUUAUACAUAAUUUUACAUAUUAGCGGAAUAUUUUUUAAAUACCCUACAAAUUACCUAAAUUACAGGAUAAGAAUGGACAGAGAGAAAGGCCUAUGAGUUCAUCUUGUCAUAUUUGUUCUAUGCCAAUUGUGUGUCUUGUUUGCAAUGAAACUGUCUCUGCAAAUAAUGAAAUCUGAGAUGUCAUUAGGAAUCUGAGCAUGGUACUUUCAAAAGUAAAUGUAGUCCUGCUUUGUGGCAUUUUGCAAAGGCUCUAUGUGUUAUUGAUCACACUAUACAUUUUUAUGCGUGUAGAUAUGGUUGUCUUUGUUCGAUAGAGCCAUCGGACAUCUUUCAGCGGUGUUCCUAUCAGUGGAUUUGUUGCUAAAUGUGACCCAUUUCAGGAACCUAGAGCUGUGUUCAAAUACUCAUACUAACCACACCCACUGUACUAUGUGUGACGUGAAUUGAGUAUAUAGUAUGCUUAUUGGUCAUAGUAUGGAUAUAGUUAGUAUGCCAAAAGUUCCCAGAUGUCGUACUAAAUUUGCCAAAAUAAAAAAGUAUACACGCAGAGGAUGCUAUUUCUGUACUUUUGGGUCCAUUAUGAAUUCUUCAGGAAAUAGGCGCGGCUUCUCAUAGUUUUCAGAUUUGAAGAAAAUGGCAGAAAAUAUGCAGUAGAAGUACAACGAAAGCGGAUACAAAUUCAUUGCUUUAACUAAUUAUGACAAAUAUUAAGAAAAUGUUGAGCUAUGUAAUAAAGUAAUGACUUUUGAAAUAAGUUACCUUACACGUUAUGUUGGCUGACAAUGUUGGCUGACAGUUACGAACCACAUAACAUAUCAUUAAAGCAGUAUGUACUGGUAUGUUGUUAGCUAGCUAACGUUACCUAACGUUAGUUGGCUACUUAUACAUAAAACUUGCCAGUAUAUUAACUAUAGGCUAUCUAACUAACUACUCAAUGUUUAUUGACUUGAUUAUUCUCGUCAUUCUUAGCUUAGCUAAAUGGUAUAGUCGUUGUGCGUUCUCAAUGGACAUUUGGGUACUUUCGUAAAUUCGCUCUGGCUAUCUACUCUGAUUUCAGAGCACUCUCGUUUGAGUGUACCAGAGCUCAGAAUAAGGAAUUUACGAGCACUCAACACCUGUUGACU